AUGCUGAGCACGGUAGUUUUGAAGAUCCGUUUGCAUUGUGACGGAUGCACCCAUAAGAUUAAACGAAUCAUAUCCAAAAUCAAAGGGGUCCAAUCGGUGGAGGCAGACGGGCAGAAGGAUUUGGUCACGGUCAAGGGUACGAUGGACGUGAAGGAGCUCACACCAUACUUGAAGGAGAAAUUGAAGCGGAGCGUGGAGAUUGUGCCGCCUAAGAAAGAGGAAGGAGGCGGCGAGAAGAAGGAGAAAGAAGCCGGCGGGGGUGAGAAGAAGGAAAAAGAAGGCGGCGGUGGAGAGAAAAAAGAGAAAGAAGCUGGGGGAGGUGAGAAGAAAGAAGGCGGUGGCGGCAGCGAAAAGAAAGAGGGUGGUGAGUCGAAAGCCACCAGUAGCGGCGGAGACGGGAAAAAGAGUGAGGAGCCCAAGGUAGAGGUGAACAAAAUGGAGUAUCGUGGACUAUCUCCCUAUUCGUACACAAUCUCUAUGCAUAACCCGGGAUACAUCGAUCAAGGAUAUGCUGCUCCGCCGCCGAUGUACAAUCAAGGUUAUGCUAUUUCAGCGUAUAGUCAAGGCCCCUACAAUCCAGGGUACCCCGCGGAGUAUCCGGACCCAUAUCCGUACCCGUAUCCGCCACCACCCUACGCGCACGCGUCUGAUCAAAUGUUUAGUGACGAAAAUCCUAACGGGUGUUCGGUCAUGUGA